ACUCUGUUUCAGUUUGAGAGAGAGAGAGAGAGAGAGAAAGUGCAGCAGAAUACACGAACAUCACUUCUGCAAGGCAGAGAAGGGAAGAAGAGAAAGAACACGUUUGCAAAAGAAGAAAGUUUGCAAAUUUAACAACAGAGAAGAAGAUCUGUGUUUUUUUUUUCGUUUGAAGAGGAAAACACAUACCCUUCCUCUCUGAACCUGAAUUUGUAUCAUUGAUAGCUUUUUGUAAAGGAUUUAUCUUCUUUGAAGCAUAGAUCUUGAGAUAUGGAGACAGAGGAGAGGAACCAGAGAGCGUUUAAGGGUUCAGAGCCAGAGUUUUUCUUGCAGUGGGGGAAUAAGAAGCGGUUGAGAUGUGUGAGGGUGAAAGACCCUCGGAUUUCAGCAAGGCUUAACGGUGGAAUCCGAAGGAAGAUAGCUUCUGCAGUGGAUCAUCGUUCUGGACUCGCUCUUUCGGAGAAAGAAACUUCGCAUCUUCAUCAACAACCCAAUCGCCUCACAAGGAAUUCCGACGGGGCUAUUCUCCGGUCGGCGGCCGGGGAGAACAGGAAAUCGGCGUCGCCGGAGAAGGAAGACCGGUACUACAUAACGAGGGGUUCUGCGGAGGAGAACGGCAAAGUCUCCGCCGAUGUGAACAACGGAGAGGAAAGAGCUCUGGUGUGGCCAAAGCUUUACAUAACCCUCUCUAGCAAAGAGAAAGAGGAGGAUUUUCUUGCUAUGAAGGGUUGCAAGCUUCCUCAGAGACCCAAAAAGAGGGCUAAGAUAAUCCAAAGAAGCCUACUUUCGGUGAGUCCUGGCGCGUGGUUGACUGAUAUGUGCCAAGAGAGAUAUGAAGUUAGGGAGAAGAAAAGUAACAAGAAGAGGCCAAGAGGAUUGAAGGCCAUGGGGAGUAUAGAAAGUGAUUCUGAAUGAUGAUGAUGAUGUAAUAACAUUUGAAGCGGAUCCACAACCAUCACACGAGGGGGAACCAAGCUCUUUUCUGCUGAUACAUGAAAUGUUUUGAAGAUGAUGAUGAUAUUUGAGUUGAUGCUAUUCAAGUUUUUUAAGUUUAUGUUUCACAAGUCUGUAGGGAAAGGCGUAUAUGCCCCUUCAUGUUUUUGUAAACGAGUAAGAUCCGAUCCAAUACAUUUCAAUCAAUGAAAAUUAUUUUUCUCAGCUUAUGUCAUUCUUCAU